GGGCUGCACGUGAUGGUCGGAGCGCGUCACCGCCGCGGUGUCUGGACUGGAGCAGCGCUGGCUGACACUGCUGCAGCGGGCUACUGUAAAUAAAGAAUACAACCCCGGCCAAACUGACAGGCACCACCGGCUCCACUGAGAAAGUAGUAGUUGUGAUUCAUUCGCCGGAUUUGCUUCUUAGGGUGUUCCUUUUUUUUUUUUUUUUUUUCCUUCCAGAUUUUGCGCGUGCCAAGUGAACGGGUGGAAAAGGGCUGAAAACAUGGCUGGUUUGAUGGCAGGUUUUGGCCACUACACCCACGCCGUGGUGCGGGGAAUCCCCGCGUCCCUGGCCACCGAGGCGCUGCGGAUGCAGCAGGCGGAGGUGGACGUGCGCCGGGCGCAGGAGGAGCACGCCGCGUACGUGGAGGUGCUGCGGGGGAAGCUCGGGCUGGAGCUGCUGGAGCUGCCCGCCGACGAGGCGCUGCCGGACUGCGUGUUCGUGGAGGACGCGGCCGUGGUGUGCGGAGACACGGCGCUCAUCACCAGACCCGGGGCGGAGAGCAGGAGGAGAGAGACGGAGGCAAUGAAAGGUGUUAUGCAGGAUCUAAAAAUGAAUAUAGUUGAAAUGACUGAUGAGACUGCAACACUGGAUGGAGGAGAUGUUCUGUUCACAGGUCGAGAGUUCUUUGUGGGUCUUUCCAAACGGACCAAUCAAAGAGGAGCAGAGAUCCUAGCCGAUGCAUUCAAGGACUAUGCUGUUUCCACUGUACCUGUGCUGGACGGGCUGCACCUGAAGAGCUUCUGCAGCAUGGGGGGACCAGGCCUCAUUGUCAUCGGCUCCAGUGAACCGGCUCAGAAGGCCCUCAAAAUCAUGCAACAAAUGAGUGACCACCGCUAUGACAAACUGACGGUGCCCGACGACCUCGCUGCCAACUGCAUCUACAUGAACCUGCCCAACAAGGGACACGUGCUCCUUCACUGCACAGCAGACGAGUUUCCAGAGAGCGUGAAGGUGUUUGAGAAACUGAAGGACCACAUGCUGAUCCCCGUGUCCAACCAGGAGAAGUGCAAGGUGGACGGGGCCCUCACGUGCUGCUCUGUUCUCAUCAACAAGAAGGCAAACAUCUGAGCAUACUUGCUAGUGGUGUUUUAGUGCACGGUAACCAAAUGGAGCCUGUACUAAUAAUCACCCCAGAUCCUGAGGUUGAAAAAAUACCUCUCCUGUCACUUGGAGAAAUGGAAAUGUUUAAUGUUGCUUAGGAGCAGGUGAUAAGUUUAAUUAAAGAGAGUAAUCAGGUACACUGGAAAUUCACUGAAAUUGCAUUGAAAUGUCAUGAAGUUUGUGAAUAAUUCAGCUGAUAAAUACAAUAAUUUCAGAUUAACCACAUGUUUGUAGGAAAUAGAAUUGUACAUUAAAAAUUGGAUGCAUUCUGUAAUGAAUUGGAAAUGUAUUUACAAUGUAAAGAAAACAACUUGCAACACAAAAGAUCAAACUUACAAGCUGUAUCUUAUUAUAUGAUUUCCAACAGUAUUUGCAUCACUACAAAAAGGUUAGAAUAGUUUUAUUCCCACAUUAUGAAAUUCCUCAUCCCAGACCAGAAGAGGAGUAAACCAAGUGCCACGUCGAGUGCCAUCCUUUUAACUUUAAGACCCUUUAGGGGUCUCAAGUGUUGACCUUUAUUACUGUCCAAUGUUUACAACCCUGGGAGAUCCACACAGCAAAGAGCACUGGGACAAUAGAAUCCACUACUUGUGUUUUGUAGGCUUCUACGCUUUGUAAAUUACAGUCUUGCCAAUAUUGCACUGCAGAUUUAUAAGUGACAAAACACAGACAUCUACAUUAAGACAAAAAAAAGCCUACACAGAUGCUUCAUGUCAUUUACAUGCACCAUUUUAACUGUGAUAACUUUUAGUUUUUGCUUAUGCAAUGAAUAUGAAACUCAGUUUUCAAAAACUGUAUCCUGGACCAAAAUGUGAUGAAAUGCUACUGUUAUGAUUUACAGUUGCAUGAUAAAGAAAGUAAACCCUCUUUUGAUUCAUUUUAAGGUUAUAUUUUAAAAUCAACCUCAGAUGAACAACACGUGACGAGCAUUAUUUUCUGCAACCAAACUGCAGAGGCAGUAAUCAUUACCCGUAUAACUUUAUCAGUCUCUCCAAGUGUUGUGGAGGAAUUUUGACCCCGUUUUCUUUCCAGUUUUGCUUCAGUUCAUUGAGAUUUGUGAGCUUUAGUUGUUGUAUGGUUUUCUUAACAGGUUGAAGUCUAGACUGGGGAAUUAUAACAACAUUUAUUCUUUCUCAGCCAACUAUUCCAUUGUAGAUUUGCUGGGUUUACUUUGGUAUAUCCAUUUAUUUGCAGCUGCAAAAUUCCCAAAGUCGUGCAGCUUCAAAACCAGGCCUCUUUCAUGCCGCCGUCAUCAUCAGUUGGUAUGAGCGGUUCGGGAUAAUAUGUGGCGUCAACCUUCUAAGAUUGGAUAAAUAGGUAAUUCCUUUUUUGCUAAAAUCUAUUAUCCUCCACUCAAGACCAACAUGCUGCCAAAACCUCUGGUUUUAUAGAAGUGAUCACACUUGCCAAUGAACAGCAAAUUGAUUGUUUGAUUCUCAGCUCGGAUGAAUAAUCGGCCAGGUAAAUAGCAUCUGGCUGCUACCUACUCUUUUAUUUUCAAAUCAUUGAGUAUUACGUUCACUUUUUCAUGCUGCAUCUGCAUUUGGAAAUACUUUGGCUUAGUUAAAUGUACAUUGGCAUUAUGUUAUGUUGUUGUUCAUCUAUGGUUGAAAAGAUAUGGCAUGGAUUUGAUAUGGUUUAUUUUGCAUUCUGUUCUGAUGGAUAAAAUCUAUCGGAAUUGAAAGAUGGCAGUUUCCUUUUCACACGACAGUAAAUAGUGUCUUUUUGUUUUCAAAUUUUACAGUUAAACUAUUUCUGUUUCAUCGAUACCAAGUUUGAUUUUAACUAUGUGGCUAUUUAGAGGUCUUGAUUUCUCCCAUUUGGAAAUCCAGGUUGUGAAACAGCCUCAUGGUAUGGUAUGAUGGAGUACGAUUUACUUUCUGUUUUGCUGUGAAUAAUAUUUCAGUGUUCUACUAAUUUAGACAUGACACUGGUACUUUUCAUAACUGUCCCUCCCAAAUGAUUGCUUCUUUUUUUUCUUACCUAUUCUUAAUAACCUCCACAGUCUAGAGAUGCUAACAGCAGCCUGUUAAGUGAUACCACAAGAGCCAUUAAGUUUGUAUCACUUCAUAAGCCUUAGUUUCAUAAAUGUUAGAAAAACGUGCCGCAGAGGUUGUGAAUGUAUGUUCUCAUUGAAAUAAGGUAAACUAAGCUUUCACUUACACUGACACAGCCCCUCUGCUUCUCUUUAACAUAUGAGUGCCUCUUUGGAGCAGUGAACACUGACUGCUAGUGAAAGAUGCUGAAGGCCCUUUAGGUCCUCUGACAUCAUUAGCUCGGCAAAGGGUCGGGUAUGAAGAGAUGGUGCUAAACUUGUACCGGAACUCCAGGAGAAAAGUUGCAGCUGUCUGUAUUUAUGCUGUUUAAAUUCUUCAUGACUAUAAAUUAAAACUAAAGCUGCUGCCUGCAGUCUAUGCUUAUGAUUGCCUUACGAGUGUUUUACCAUUCAUGACCAAAGUCUCUAAAAUGCAGGCUGACUCCGGCAAACGUAUUCCAACUGCAGCAGAAUAUGAAAAGGGAAGCUGGGCGUGAGAGUAACCUGACCAAACUCUUACAGAUGCACUUGGUUUGGCUCCCUGCUUAAGCAAAGCAGCUCCUGCAGCUAAAGCUACAAUGCAGCCUCCUCCUGGCUACGGUGCUGUCAAGCUUCACCAACAUAAACACGCAAACCUCUGGUUGUGUUCAUCGUUACAAAAAUAAGUCUGCACUUACACAGAUAGCAGUUGUUUUACACACUUCAAAUUUAUGCUAUUAAAAAAAAGCCACAGACUGUAUGAGUCAUGAAGCUAGUAGCUAUAGCAACCCCUGUUUGUUGCAUGAGUAACUUAACAAACAACUAAUAAACGACUACGCUUGAAGUUACUAACCGAGCUUUAAACAUAGUGUGACAGCAGUCUAAACACAGAUAUCUGAUGGUGUCUGUUGUUGAGGUUUGAUAUUUUCAACUGUAGGGAGACCAUUCUUGUAGCAUUGUUGUACUUUACACCAGUCAGGUGUGAGUGUGUGCAAGAGAAACAUCCUGCAUUGUAUGAACAAACGAGUGCAAACUAUAGUGGGCAUCGCAGUCAAUACAUGUCUGUGUUAGUGCACCAACAACAGGUGAACACACAGUAGGGUUGCCAACUCCCUUGAAAAAUAAAUAAGGGACACCUCACCGGCAGGGCCGGCCAACCCGGUUACCUUCACCCUUCCUGGCAUGGUGAAUUUUUUUAGCUCCUUUUUUUGUGAGUUUUGUGAAUUUUUUAACUAUUUGACUCGAACCUGAAUUGAAUUAGAUGCAUAAUUUUGAAUGCCGUGAACACAUGGAAAACAAAAUAUUAUCCAGCAAUUCACUUUAAUACAAAAUAACGAGAUGAACUGAAUAAAAUAAGUGUCUUUCUUAAACAGAAACCUGUCCUGCUUAACUUAACAUUGUAUAUAUUAAUAUAAAACAAUAGAAAGCAAGCAGAACCUCUAUUCUGUAAUAGUGCACAAUUUUAGUACAAUAACAAAAGUGCAAACAGAAAGUCUGUAGAAAACUCAACAGCUCAAUGCCAUUUUCCAUUGGCAUUUUAGGACUAUUUUUUGACUCUCACAGUAAUACGGGACAAAGUGCGUCCCAUUUCAGCUCAAUACGGGACGCGUACUUUAGUUUAUAAAUACGGGACGAUUCCGUUUUUCAAGGGACGGUUGGCAACCCUAACACACAGUGAACUAAGAAGGAGCAGCAAUGCAGUCCGCAGUUAUGAACACGAGUUUCAAAAUGAGUUAGAAAACGUGGCUCCGCUGACUUACACUCAGCAAACAAAGAAGCUGAUGUUGCCCCGUUGUGGAGGCCUUAUAUGUGUUGUGAGCAGUUUUACGUUCGAGGCCUGUAAACAUGACAACAUAAUACUCAUAAAUGUUGUAAACACGUGCAGCUACCGUGGUUGACCGUACAUGUUAAAGUCCAUCGGAUCUGAGACCAUGCUGGAACUCUGUGUGAUGGUAAGAAAAAGUUAAGGAAAUGACAUCAGGAGAUGACUCAACCUCCCUCCGUAGACGUGAGCGUAUGGGCAAGUGGGCAGUGAUGAAACGUGGAAAGAAUUCACAUCGGCAGAAUAAGCUCGUACACCAGUAAACACUCGCUCUUUUAAAUUCUCUCUUUCUUUUGGCUGUUUUAUACUCCUCGACCCUCCUUUUCUCCCACCCUCUGUUACUGCCUCAUGGACAAUUCUGGGUUAAUUUACAGCCAUGAUAUCAUACAGUCUGGCAUACACGGUAGAUGUGAUGACCUGCCGUUAAAGUAUGACAGCAUGACAGCAGUAUAUUUUACAGAGAGCGGCUGGCUGGAUGCGGGAUGAUAGCAUGCAGUUGUUGGGGAGCCAGCGCCGAUUCACGUGCUUUUAACUAAAGAGGGGGAACAGUCGUACACUGUCUGAUUGCUCUGCAAUAUGUCAACCACUGGCUUUAAAGACAAAAAAAAGAAGUCAUUAUAUCUAAAAUUGUGUUGUGAAACUGCCAUAAUAGCCACUGAAAAUGAGAAUGCUGUUAAAACACUCAAUACCUGUUUGGCCUCUGGGCUGGGAAAGCUCCAUCAUCCAUUACAUUUUACCUUCAAGGCCUGUUCUCUGUCUUCUUAAUAAUGGCGUCACCCACAGUCACGAUGUUGUAAAGUUUUCCAUCUCAGGUCUCAUGGUUGUUGAACAAGUUGUAAGUAAUAAUUAUUUGAAUCAUGUUAAAUUGAUGCUUUUGUCUACUUAGUUAAAUAAACAGGCAUAUACUACUCA